UUUUGUCUGAGCUCUCGCUAACAACGUUUGUUAUGGUGGGAAUUUUACGUGUUUUCGGUAAUUGAAUCGUUAGUUAUAUCGUGAGUGAAUAUAAUUUCUUUUAGUUUUUGUUUUUUUUUCUUUGACUAGACGGACUGACAUAACAACAACUGACAGCCAAACUACAAUAAGAUUCGUUUAACCAAAAUAAUAAUAAUAAAAAUCAAACGGAAAGACAGACAUUUACACCAACUCAUGAUAACAGCAGAAGAAGAAGAAAAAAAUGAGAAAAAGAAAUAAAUAAAUAUUACGAAAAUAAAAUAAUAAAAAGAAAAAAAUAAUAAUAAUCGCCUUCGAUACGAUAUAAUAAAAUUUGAUUCGAUUCAAUACAAUUUAAACAUCAACGAUUGCAUGUAAAAGUGAUUAUUUGAUUAGUGAUAUUGUUUAUGUGAAACAAAAUUAAAAAAAUAUAUUAAAAAGGGCACAAUCAAUUAAAAAAAUAUAUAUUUUAAUCAUUUGUUAUUGUGCAUAUAAUGUCUGUUAAUCAUCCUGAUUAUCCUCAACAAUUCAACAACAACAACAACUUUAUCAACAUUAUCAACAACAUUUAUUUAACACAACAACAAUAACAUCAUCAUUAGUAUUAUAACUUCAUUAAUCACUUUGGAAGAGCAAAUUUCAUUAAUCAAACGAAAAACAUCUUAAAGAAAAGAAAUUAAACACUGACUUUAAGUAAAACAUCACUAUAAAUAAUACAAGGACUUUGGUGUGAAAUUCCACCACUGGUACUGAAAUUCUAACAACAAUUUCCACUUGAAAUACUUAAAUACAAAAUUGUAACAAAAUGGUAGAUUAUUACAAAGUUCUAGAGGUACCACGUCAAGCAACAGAAGGAGAAAUUAAAAAAGCUUACAGAAAAUUGGCAUUAAAGUGGCAUCCGGAUAAAAAUCCAGAUAAUUUAGAUGAAGCCAACAAACGUUUUCGCGAAUUAUCCGAAGCCUAUGAAGUGUUAUCAGACGAACGCAAACGAAAAAUAUACGAUUCUCGCUCGACUUUACAUAAAAGCAGUUACAGUAAUUCAUCAUCUUACUCGUCGACAAAUGGUUAUGGUGGUACAAAUGGUUAUGGUAGUGGUUAUCGCUAUCGUACCACAGGUGCCAAAGACUACGAUGAUUAUAUACCCAGUUAUGGUUCAUCAAAGCGUGGCAAUCGCUAUCAAACAUUCACCUUUAGAAAUCUCUUCGAAUCUACACCAUUCCACAAACUGUUUGAGAAAAAACGUCGUGUAUACGAUCAAUAUGGCAAAGAAGGUUUAUUGGGAGAUCGUGGACACCAUCGUUCAUCUAGACAUCAUACACAUGAUUUCGAUGAUUUCGACAUAAUGGGUGGUUUUCCAUUCGUGUUCCGGCCUCCAGAAGAAGUUUUUCGUGAAUUUUUCGGUGGAAACUCACCGUUUGCUGAUUUAUUUAGAGAUGUUCAUUACAGUUCACAGCAAGGUAGCCGGCGCGCAAAUGGUUCUUCAGGCAGUCGAAGCCAUCAUCAUCAUCAUGGAGCAAAUGCAAAAUUGACUUCACCCUUUUCUUCUCCUAUGCUCAAUUAUUCAAUGAUGGACUUUUUAAUGCCCAACAAUGGUUUUACCUCAUUCUCAUCCUACAGCAGUAUGUCGAAUGGUAGCGGACGCACCAAUGGUGCUGGCACAAAUGGAGCUGUUAAACGUACUUCAACAUCGACAACAUUUGUUAAUGGCAAAAAAUUAAUGACAAAGAGAGUCUAUGAAAAUGGCAAAGAAACGGUAUUUUCAUAUGAAAAUGAUGUCCUGAAAUCAAAGACUGUGAAUGGAGUUGCCCAAAAACUCUCUUCAAUUACCAAUUAAAAUACAAAAUAUAAAAAAUCAAAUAAGAAAACAAAAAAAGUCAUUUCAACUAGAUACAAACUGAAGACCAACCAAGAUGUUCUCCUCUUUACACGUUUUAGCAAAAUAAAGGAAAACAAAUUUUCAAAAAAAAAAAAAUAAUAAUAAUAAUAACUGCUACAACAAAACUCCUCAAUUAAGCACACAAAAUUUUUUAAUUUUUAUUUCCAUUUUAUUUUUAUUAUUAUAUUUUGCUUAAACUUUAAAAUUAAUUAAUUGUUUUAGUAUUUAGUUUAAAUUUAUACAAA